AUGGAAGAGAGUUUAUUCAUUAACAAAAGGGUAUUAGAUGAUUCCUCAAACAUUCAGAUAAUCUCAAAAUCUGUUAGCAAAAAGCACGCUCAAAUCACAGUAUCUCCCCCAAAAGCAACUUCUCACGAAAACGAAAUUUCCUGUAGGAUCGAUAUUCAAGAUUUAGAUACCAAAUUUGGGACAACUGUGAAUAACGAACAUAUCCAUUCCAAACAGACUUAUGAGAAAAACGUCUCGCUCGAACUUUUGUUAGGAAAAUGUCCGCUUAAAUUUUAUCUUCAAUGGAUCACCCUUUCUAUUGCUUUUGAUGAUCCAGAGACUACGGCCCGUUGGUCGACGCCUUUAUUACUUACUGGAAUCCCCAACUCAGUGCAUCUGAACCAUUCUACUACGCAUUUUGUUCCCGGGCAUGGCUCUUUUCCUUCCGUAAAAACAGCUUUAGCUUUUUUGAAGGAUGUUAAAAUUGUUCACGAAGCAUUUGUACAGGCGUUGAUUCAAGAAAAAGAUAACUAUACUCACAAUAUACACCUCAUUCCCAAAGACAGCUCAUACCUUUAUACAGACCAAAAUCAUCGCGAUAUGUUUCCAAAAUCCGCAGCAACCGUAAGGAAUUCGCUAAAAGGACUUCAAUGCUGUUAUGUUGACUUAAACGAAGAACUUUACGAAUUUUUAUCCCUUCUUGGUUUGAAUGUACAUAGGCAUCAUACAGACGAUGUACAGUUUUUGACAACUUAUUACGCUGAACGAGAUCUUGACUUCAUUAUUCAUGCAAAACAAAGUACUAUUUCUAGUAUUCUUUCAAAAAAGGGCAUGUUUUGCCUUACUUUUAUUCAGCUGUGGGAUAUUCUAAAGGAAAACAAUUCAAAAGAGUUGCUGCAAGCAAAACGAGCGAGCCUUGAAAAACCGAAAUCCAGUGCUAACUCAAAUCCAUCUUCAAACAAAACAUCAGAAAAUGUACUGAAUGACUUGUUUAGCGACUUUAAACCUGUUCCUCGGUCUCCAAGGAGCAAACGAACUCUUAAACCGGAAGAAAUGUCGAAUUCAAAACAAAAGCCGCCAAAUAGUCCUCUCAAAAAGGAAGUGAGAGACACUAGAGAAAUUACGAAGAAAUCCAAUCUUUCGUCUGGUACUUCUUCUCCGUAUAUUCUGUCAAAAGCCAAAAGUCCGUUUCAUGAAAAUACACCUGAACCGCGAAAUUCAACAAAAAAAGUAGAUAAACAGAAUAAAAAGGUUAACUCAAAUUCGGGUUCUUCUCAUUUUGCCCCUCUGGCAUUAUCUACUGCCGGCGAAGAAAGUUCACAUAAUGUGAUAGUUAAAGAAGAAAGGGAUACAAGUCCUUUGGGAUUAGAGGGAGAACAGAAGGAGGACCGAGAACCAUCUUCUGAAGAAAACUUGCCAAGAAAUCUUGGCUCGGUGGAAUUUAUUUCUAUUCGAAUUUCCAAAAACAAUCAAACGAAUGAACCCGAAAACCCAAAAUACAAAGGAAGACCAAACUUUAAAAAGUUUCGAAAGCAAGGAAGCAAAGUGCAUGUAGCACCGCCUGUGUUUAUAACCCUAUCGGAGUCUCGAAAUGAUCAAGAGGACGAAGUCAUAGACAUUGAUACAGACCCUGCUCCUCAAUUGAUGAAGAAAACCGAUACAAACACGCAGCUUGCGCCUUUACCAAAGCCAAUUUCUCAGCGACCCACUAUGGAUAUAGACAUGGAUAUGGAGGAGCGUGUUGAGGAUGAUACUUUUAAUGAUGAUAAUGAAGAAGAUGACGAGUUUGGAGACCUGAAAUUUCGGUUUUAA